GGAGCUGUUAGUGAGGCAUCUCGAGUAAUGGUAGCAUCGCGUAACUAUGCCGACUUUGCAAGUGAAGCCACAUUUGAAGUUAAGAAGUGUGACCUGCACCGCCUGGAAGAAGGCCCUAGUACCACAGCGGUGAUGACUCGCGAGGAGGGCCUCCAUUACUACAAGACAAUGCAGACCAUACGACGGAUGGAGCUAAAGUCUGACCAGCUGUACAAGCAGAAGAUCAUUCGUGGCUUCUGCCAUUUAUAUGAUGGUCAGGAGGCUUGCUGCGUAGGGCUAGAAGCUGCCAUAAAGCCCACGGACCACGUGAUCACAGCAUACAGAGCUCACGGCUUCACCUAUGCCCGGGGGGUGCCCGUUCGGGAGAUCCUCGCCGAACUCACAGGUCGAAAAGGAGGAUGUGUGAAGGGAAAAGGAGGAUCAAUGCAUAUGUAUACCAAAAACUUCUAUGGUGGCAAUGGUAUUGUUGGUGCUCAGGUUCCUCUUGGAGCUGGGAUUGCACUGGCCUGUAAAUACUUUGGUAAAAACGAGGUCUGCCUGACCUUAUAUGGGGACGGUGCAGCAAAUCAGGGCCAGAUAUUUGAAACCUACAACAUGGCUGCCUUAUGGAAGCUGCCUUGCAUUUUCAUCUGCGAGAACAAUCGCUACGGCAUGGGAACCUCGGUCGAAAGGGCUGCGGCCAGUACCGACUACUACAAAAGAGGAGACUUCAUUCCAGGGCUCAGGGUGGACGGCAUGGAUGUUCUCUGCGUUCGAGAAGCAGCAAAGUUUGCAGUUGAGCACUGUAGAGCUGGAAAAGGUCCUAUUGUGAUGGAGUUACAGACAUACCGUUACCAUGGCCACAGCAUGAGUGACCCUGGAAUAAGCUAUCGUACUAGAGAAGAAAUUCAAGAAGUGAGGAGCAAAAGUGAUCCAAUUACUCUGCUGAAGGACAGAAUGGUCAACAAUAACCUUGCUAGUAUUGAAGAAUUAAAGGAAAUUGAUGUGGCAGUGAGGAAGGAGAUCGAGGAGGCUGCUCAGUUUGCUACCACUGACCCAGAGCCACCGCUGGAAGAACUGGGUAACCACAUUUACUUCAAUGAGCCACCCUUUGAAGUGCGUGGCCCAAACCAGUGGAUAAGGUACAAGUCUGUCAGCUAGAGGCCUUCGUGCUGGCAUAACUUAUUCAUAAGAAUAAGUGAAUGCAAGUUGCAGGAACUGUGAUGCAAAACCACUUUA